AUGGCCGCCAGAACCCCGUCGCCGUCACCCGCCCGGGAAAUGCAGGUCCCCUCAGCGCCUCGCUUUGGAUACCAGGACGACUACCACCCCUACCCCAAGCCGAGUCGCGCCACGCGAAGCGCGACCCAGCGCAACCGCACACCUUCACCUCCUACAUCUCGUCAAAAACCGGUUGCCUCUCCCCGCGGUGCCAAAAGAGCCAACGCUCAGAGUAACGCUGCCAUGGUUUCUCCAGUCCCUUCUCCGCGAAAGAGACGCCAGCCUCCCGCCGAUGCCAGCCGCCGCAGUGUCUCUGGCUCACUCACAGCAGAGAGCAUUGCAAACGCCGCCGCCGCCCUUGGCCCUGUCGACAUCCCACCCACCAGCAACCCAGUGAAUUCCAUUCUUCGCGCUUCCUCCUCUCGCUCUGGCGGCAUGCUUCCCACUCCUUCAAAAACACCAUCAAAGCCUGCAAACGAGAAGACGACGGCCGAAAUCGCCACUUUCGCCCGCAAUCUUUUCCCUAGCGACGACUCCGCCUCGAGGCGAAGGCCCAAGUCGUACUCUGGCAUCGGCAUGGAUAGCUUCACUGCCAAACGCGACGAUGACAACAUUGAAAUCUUCACCGAUACCAAGGACUCGAUUCCCGAGGUCGACACCAGCGAGGACAAUCCGUUCUACACUGCCCCCUCCAAGCAGGAGACCGAGACCAGCCCCCGUCGCAGCCGUAGAAAGGUCAUGAUUCCGGGUGAGGGCUACCAGUCUCUCGAGGAGGCUACCCAACGUGAGGACGGCAUGGUAUAUGUCUUCCGUGGCAAGAAGUUCUGGCGCCCGUUUGCCAAGAUUGAGGAGCAGGAAAUGGAUCAAGAAGACCGCCUUGCUCAGCCACUUACCCGAUCAUCCGUCAAGCCGCGACUGCUCUUCCCUCCCAAGCGACAAGAGCAAUCCGAGGCGGACUUGGAAGACGAGGAGGCCACGACUGAUGUCGAGGACGAGGUCAAGCAACGCAUCACCCGUUCUAUCCCUGAAACACCUACCAAGAGCCGCAAGGCGACUGCCAAGACGCCGGAGGCCCCAAGAUAUGCACCCGCUUCUCCACCCGAAACCAGAAGAACGACGAGAUCAGCCAACAAGCUCUUGAACGAGGAGACGCCGAUCAAGAAGAAGCGUCAGCCAAGUAUGUUCGACAAGUGGCCACGCACAAAGGAGCACAAGGCGCCAGCAGCCACCAAGAGAGCUGGCGAGGCCCUUGCCCCUGCGCCUGCCAAGCGUACCCGCGCCUGA